ACCAGUUCAGCUUUGCGAUGGAGGACUUUUCCGCGUAAGCAAAUAGAUGUCUUUGGCUUCGUAUCGGGUUCUCUGUUCUCUCGUGUUGUGUUCUGUUGUGUUGUAUUGGCAAGCACAUAAAAACACACUGCAUAAUCAAAUAUUGGCCAUGAGGCGACUCGCCGUAGCCAACCUUUAGUUAUUUGCCUGCGCCUGACAUAUUUGCCAAUGGAACUGACACUGGAUGCGUUGAAUACGCGUGCGGUUUCCAGCUGUGAUUUACCUAAGCUGCCUGGUUCAACCGACCAAAAUGUCCUGCUAUAUAAAUCAGACCACAAUCCUCAAUGGUCUCAUUCGCAAGUUUCAAGUGCUUUGCUGCAGUUCGUUGUUCGCGUGAAUCUCUUUUGACAAUGGCCAACUACAAUCUCAUUCUGGCUCUCUUGGUUUUGAUCAGUUGCUCUCUGGUCGUCGCCACACCGGACGAGGAGCGUUACAUGGAGAAGGAAUAUAAUCGGGAUCUAUUCGAUUGGAUCAAUAAUGCGGCACGUUAUGCCCCACUGCAGGCAGCUGGCAAUCCCUGCAAGUAUUAUCCCUACUAUCUGGCCAACGCGUUGCCCAACAACAAUAUGCGUAUGCCAAAGCGCAACUCGGAGCUGAUCAAUUCGCUGCUUAGUUUGCCCAAAAACAUGAACGAUGCGGGCAAAUAAAUUUGCUGUUGGCAGUUGGCAAACAAAAAAAAAAGAAAAGCUGUGAAAUUAAAUACAGGGUUUGGCAAUGGAAAACUUUGGAAAACAGAAGAAUGAUUGUUAUGCAUUAGGAAAGCAAAAAAAGAAAACACAACACAUACAUAUAUCGUUAUAGGAAUUCUUAAAAAAAUAACAAAAUAUACAUAAGUACAUACAUAUACGAGUAUUAAAACCGAAAAAAAUGAUAGCAAAAAUUAUUGUGUGGAAAUAUUUAUUUUACUUUGGACGAAACUGAAGUUUGAUUACGCAUCCGUGAAUUCAAAUGUUUAAAACAUUCGAAUUCUUGAAUUAAUUACAAGCUGUACGAAAAUAAAUGAUCAAUCCAAAUAAACAAUGACUUUUAAUUGGUUUUCUUAAUUUC